UAGAAAUAAAUGCCGAGAGCUUAGAGGAUCUCCUAGUUGCCGCAGCGAGGCAUGGCAGACUCAAAACACUUCAGCACUUGACAGUAGAGGAAGGAGGAGAUAUUUCAUACAGAGACCCAUCCACUAAUCUGACCAUAGAAGAGAUUGCUCAUAUGAGGGGCCACCAUGAUGUUGCAUGGUAUGCAAACAAGACCCUUCGAGGUACUGUCAGGGGCAUCAGAGACCGCCCAGAAAUGGAUUUAUGCAAAUCUUCAUUUGGUUUGGAAGAUUUAAUGGCAAUGGAACAGAGCGAUAGAGUCAACUCCUUUAUCACCGUUGGAACUUUAUCCAUGGGAAUUUAUGAUCUGCACUUUCAAGAUGAAAGAGGAAUGACACACUUGCAUGUUUUUGUAGAGAAGAAGAACCUUGUAGGAGUUCUGAUCCUCCUAGAUCAACAUGCACUGAUCACAGCAAAAAGUCAUGAUGGCUUAACACCACUGGACAUAGCAAAAAAUUUGGGUCUGGAUGAAAUCGAAGAGAAGCUUGCUAAUCGUGUGCAGACGUUUAAGGACAAUGAAUUUACGGAUGACGUUAUAAAAGUUCGCUAUUAUACUAUGCUUUUGAGUGUAAUCAACCACACUGUAUCAGUAUCUUCCAAGUACAAUGAUAAAGAUGAUCCUGAGGCACAGAACAAAAGAUGCAUCAUCUGAAAAAUGCCUCAUGGCUGAUAUCACUGGGAACUCCACUGGAACCUCCUGGAAGCCAUUAUGUCAGUGCCCUUCACUUGGCUAUCACAACCAACUGCAAACCCAUCCUGACUAUGCUUUUGGCAGCUGGGGCACCAUUAUAUGUUACUCACAAUGGCUUGGGACCUGUAGAAACUGCAUGGCUUACACCCGAUGUUACAACUUGGAUUGCCGUCACUAUUACCAGGGCAGUGGUAAACAAACUGAAAGCAGAUAUACCUAAAGACAGCAGCAACAGCUCUGAUAAAACACUGGCGAUCAUAAUCAAUGAUCUAAUACGCAAUUUAAAUGGCCGUGAACCAUGGAAAUCCAAAUACCAUUGCAUCACCAACUCUCGCAGAAUCACCAAAGAUGUUGUCUUCAGAGCCUGUGAAAAAGGCUUAACACUCCUGUUAUGGUGGAUGUGGAGUCGAAAAACAAACAACUUCCAAGAUAAAUUUACAGGAAAGACACCACUUCAUAUAGCAUUAGAGGCAAAUCAGUAUGAGACAGCCAGAGCUUUAGUCGUUCACAUGAAAGUCAACCCUUUUAUACCUGAUAACUCGAGACAAGUUCCCAUUGAUAUGUUUCCCUCACAUAUCAAGAGUACCAUGUUGAAGCAAUGUCUGAUGAGAGAAUUUCAACAUUUUGAUGAUAACCAACAGAGACUAAAGGAUCCGACACAGAUAAGAGAAGAACAGCAGCUUGCAUUACUCCUUCUCACUCUCUUUUUGUUUUGGCAAAGGCCUUCUGGAGAUAUUCAGUUGGAGAAUUUCCACUCUUGGGUUGUUUCAUUGCUUCCAGCCCUUGAUGUCACAGAUGGAAAGACAUGUUUCAGUACUGACUGGAUUACAUGCUUAAUUGGGAACCUAAAGGAAACUAGUAAAACACCACUUAGUAAGGUAGAGAAAGAGAUCACUGAUUACUAUGAGAACCUAGGACUAUGUGGGGAUGACUUGAGUCAGUUUCUUACUGAGUUAAAUAAUGUAUAUUACAUAAUCAUAACUCCGGAAGAUUUUCAGAUCUUACUGAGCUUACUAGAAACAUUACUGCAGGAAGCUGAAAAAAAGAAAAGACAUUUUAAAAAGAAUGGUACAAUCCACUUUCCUUCAUUGUUGAAGAAGGGACUUAAAAGGUGCUGUGAAAGAAAAUUGCCUCUAUUUCUUCACUUGUUGGUGGAAAUAGCCAAAGUGCCUACUGACACUAUCAUUGAUGAUAUCUGUGGGACAGUGGCUAUCCAUCAUACUGCAAUCAGUGAUAACAUGUCUGCUACAAUGUAUUUGAAGGCAUCUGGGUUUGAAGUAAGAAAAAAGGAUAAGUUUGGUCGUACUCCAUCUCAUUUUGCAUACAUGUAUGGUAACAAGGAUAUUGGAGAUUAUCUGAAACCUGGAACUGAAAAUAUCCAGACAGACAGUGGUUUGGAGCCUGAUGAUAUGUGGAAGGCUUAUAUGGAGUACUCGAAACUUUAUGGUAUAGAUCUGGAGAAAAUUAAUAAACCAGAAUUUAAUGAAUGCAACAACAUAAAUGAUCUUUUUAGUCUUCAUAUAAAUACUCUAGUUAACAAGUGGAAUGGUAUUGGAAUGACAGGAGCUGUUAAGAGGGCAAAAGUAGAUUACUCCUCAGGAGAAUCACAUGAAGUGUUUACAUCUAUCAAGAAUUUCUUGGAAAGCCUGAUAUCAGCAAUAGGUGCUGAAAAUCCACUACUCAAAGGGCAUCUGGCAUUUGUUGGGAGUUCAGAGGAUGAUGUCAGGUUAAUUACCCCAGAUGAGUAUGAUUGUAAUUUUGUUUUGGAUAAUUUUAGUUGUUUUCCACAUGAAAGAUGCAAAAUGACAUUGCAAGAGAUGGGUUCAACAGUGUCGUAUGUUGAUAAGAAAAUACAAAUUUCUUUUGAAUGUCCUGAGCUCGAAGACCUCUUUGAAGGGACAAAUUUAUUAGACAAAUUUUCAGAAAUGGUGAAAAAUUGCCUUCAGAAUUUUUCAAUGCAGGAAACAAACAAACAAAUAAUGCUGGAUAGAAGAUUGAGCAUAACCCCUACUUCACUGAAACAGACUCUGGUAGGAACUGCAUUAAGGUUUUCAUGGAAUGGUAAAGAGUUUCCUCUGCUCUUGAUUGAUGUAGAUAUAGUCCCAGUUAUAAGAUCACCAUGGCCUGAAGAGCUAGUUAAGCCUGCUUUGACACCAGAUAUCAAUGAAGUUUACAUUAACAAAUUGGGAAGGGAUGAAUGGAGAUUUUCUUUUGCUAAGGCAGAGAAUAUGGUUAUGAAGAACCUUACACAAGAUGAAAAAGUAGUUUACUUGGCUUGCAAAAUGAUUAUAGGUUCUAUGAAAACUGAGGGAUGGAUGCAACAGCAGCUAAAAGACCAGUUUCAAUUCUGGGAUGGGCGGAAGAUGAAGAUUCCAUUACCAAAUGGUUUUCUCCUGAAAAGUGCCUUUUUCUUCGAAAAAGAAGAGGUAACUGACCAACUGCUGUGGAAUGAGAAGAAUUUGCUGAAUCGGAUGUGCUCCAUUUUCAGAAGAAUGUGUAAAGAUAUGGGAAAGAGUGCAAACUCUUUUUAUGUUCCUGGGAAGGUUGAAGCUUAUUUUGGAAGAAAAACACAAGAGAAAGGUGUUGGCUAUGGUGCUCCAGAGAUCCUGAAAUUUUUGGAAAAUUGGCACAGUGCCACAAAUAUAAUCGGUGGAUUGUAUGAUUACUAUGAAAAACAAGAGUCUGCAUAGCACUGUUUCUCAAAUGAUAUUGGCGAUAAGAUUCUUGCUGUUCUACUGCCUUCCUGCUGCUCCUCAGACAGUGAAGAAAUAGUCUGCCUUCAAUCCCAAUGUUACUGCAAGAAUAUUUUUCAUCGGUCAGUGUAGGAUAUUCUGCAGUCUGUCAAUUACUUUGGAGAUUAGAAUAGCACCAUUUCUCAAAGAAGAAUACCGAUCCUACUGAAAGAAAUUAGGAUAUGUUGGAAGAUAUAUUAAAACAAAGAAACAGUGAGAUAUAAGUAGAAAGUACUGAAAUGUACCAUAUUAUUGCUUUUCUAGUCAGAGACUUCGUCCAUACAUCCACGACAAGCUUCAGAUAAGUGUGAGGGGUGAGAGAAGAAACUAAUGAAGAUUUUUGUGGUGAAAUAUUUUAUGAUUGUAAUACAUAUAUCUAGUGAAAAUAUAUUUUAACAUUGCUGUAAUACGUAUAUCUAGUGAAAAUAUAUUUUAACAUUGCUUAAUUUUCUAAACCAUUGACUGUUUAUUAAAAAUAAUGACAAAAAAUUGGAAAAAUUGUUUCAAUAGUAUAUUUUCAAGCAAAAUAUUGAUAUAUUCCUGACAGAUUUGUUUUAAUGAACAAGAAUGCAAUGUAAGUAAAUCAAACUGCAGGUUUCUGUUAAUGCUGGUCUUUUUUAGCUCAGUCAUCAAGCCUCCGCCACAAAAAAGGGCUAAUCUUGUAAUUGAAAUUAGCAACCUUUAUUACCAAUGCUUGUAGUAGUGUACAAUGCAGCAAUGGAAAUUCACUGCAUAUGUCUAUGCAGUUAAUGUAGAUUUGCACACAGGCAUAUUUUGUGAUAUGAUACUGUUAUAAACUUUGAACAGGUAUAACAAGCUGUACAAAGUUAAUGUAUGAUACAUUAAAGUAUACAGAAGCAAGAAUUAGAAUUCACUUGGCUCUAAAUGCAUAGUUCAAAAUACCUUAUCAUGAUUUAAGUUUGCAGAUUUUUACUAAAGCCCUGGAUUAUUUGUCGUGCCAUUAUGAAUAAUAUAGUCCAGUCACAACUAUGGGGUAUGAAUUAAUGUUGUUGUUGCAUGAUGACGCUGGUAUGACAGGAUGGGUUGGAAACUUACCCUAUGGUUGUACAGAAACAUGAUUAUCUUAGAAUCAUGUAAGAAUAGCGUAGAGGAAGGGACUCUUUUAUGCUCCAAGGUAAUCAAGUCAAAGAUUGGUGUAAUUUUGCCAUUGUGUAAACUAGGGUUUGGUUUUAAAUCUGCCUAAUUCUUGAAGUGAGCUCCUCCACAACCAUCAUAGUGUUCCAUGUACACACCUCUAUGUCUGAUUGUUUCUUUACUGCCAUAUAGGGAAGGGCAUUCUUGGUAUCUCCAUUUGUGUUCCUUUUAAACCCAAAUUCUUCCUGAUUGUGGCUUACUUCUAAAAUUGGUUAACAGCUCCAGAAUUGGCCUUCUGUAGGACUUACCGUAAGUGCUAGACAACUCAAGUUUCAUCUGAUGACUGCUCAGGAAGUGUCAGGUAAAUUGAUAAAUGAGGAUCUCCAGUUUUGUGGCUGUAUAAUCCUAUAAUCAUUAGUUUUUGGUAAAUUGAGCAACAGGCCACAAAGCGAUAGGUGACAAAAUCCAUGUAGAAUAUUAUGGUGUAAUGAUGGUCAGCUUGACAGUACAAGUGAAUGCCCCAAGUUCAGAUUGGACUGUAAAUGUGGUAAGCUUAAUGAUUAUGGAACUACUCCAAUGAUGUGUCAAUUUUAAAAGUGGCUUAAAUAAUUAUUUUGUAAACCAUUUAAACUAACAAAAAUACUGAAAUGAUCCCUUGACUUUCAGCAGAUUCCUCCAGAAUGUUAAUCCCUGCAAAAAGGUCUUCUUUUCAUAUAUAGGCCAAGUUUCAUCAAUUUUGUUAAUUUGGCCUUGAGAUAUCUUGCUAUAGCAAAAUUAAAUGAGGAUACUCAGCCAUGAGUUGAAGUAUAGCCUCAAUCCAAUUCUGUGGCAUAGGAGAUAAUGAUGAAGGGUUUUUAAAUUUGAGAUUUUCUUGCACAUUGGUUCUACUAAUGAUUCAGGAGAGAUGUAUUGAAUUGUUAUCAUAUUGAAUGCUUUAUUGUCUUACUUUGGUGCCAAGUACAUUUAGAAAGUUUUUUAGUAAAGCAAACUGUAUUAAUUUUAACAACAGUAACCUGUAAUGGUUUGUCAGGUCUGUAAUUAAAGGUUUAGCUUCAUCUUAA